AUGUUGUAGGUAUCACGUUACAAUACCUUGUCGUUCAGAAAAGCGCAUAAUGAGCAAGCUUGUGACUGAUUGGAUGUUUCCCAUGGACCUUGUAUAUUAUCUUAGGCCUGGUGAUCUGGUCGUGUUUGAUAGGGGUGCUUACCAACACUGGGGUGUUUUCAUCGGUAGGGAGGAACAUCAAGGCAAAAGAGUUAACAAAGUGAUACAUUUGGUCCCAGUCGCUGGAUCAAGGUCUGCAGGUACUUCGCGUCAAGCAACAGUAGUGAAAGAGAGCUUGAAAGAAGUUGCUGCUGGAGGCAAAGUGCGCCUCGAUAAUUCAAAAGACUUCUAUCAACGUCCAUUUGACGGAGCGAGUGUGGUUUUACGAGCGAGACGGGAGUUGCGCAUGGCCAAAGAAAGAACCUAUGAUAUGUUUUUUGGCAAUGCUGAGCUCUUUGCCUGUUUUUGCCGCUACGGCAAAGAUAGGUUCUGAUUGCACUCGGUGUCACUAUGGUUAAGGCUUGUGAAAGUGGGCUGUUUACAAUCCUAGCUUUCUCUUUAUCAUUGUUGCUGUUCGGAGAAGACCACUGAAAUGAUUGCAAUUAUGUCGCCAGUAUUUUUAUUGAAAAUAAAUGUUGAAGAAC